GAUUGCUGAUUUGACGUUUCCACUUAUUAAUUGUUUACGUUUCUUCUAUCUCCCGUGCAACUAUUUUAUAAUUUAUCUGUUUUUUAAUUUAAAUACAUUUCCCAUUUUAUUUUAUUGACAAAUUUUUGAAUCUAUUCCUCUGGAAUACUGCAGAAAUGCUAGAGUGUCUUUUGUAUUUGUUGUUAAUUUUUGUCGAUGGGGGCUUCAUCUUGGAGGCUACGGCGAAGUCGGAUUCAGCUGCAGGUCGUGAAGAAGUAUUCCUAGGGGAAACCCAGUGUGCCAAUUUAAAACGUCACGAGAUUGAACCGCAUCUAUCUACUAAAACCCCUUAUCGUGUUGUUGCUAACUUAGACGAUAAGCCCAUCGCCUAUCCAGGGUGCCGCGCAACUCGUAUUUGGUCAAUAAUACGACACGGUACGCGUAAUCCCAGCAAAGAGCACAUUGAAGGAGCAAAGCUGAAACUAGUGCGAUUGAAGGAACAAAUUCUUUUGAAUCCUCAAACUAAGUUAUGCCCUGAAGAAUUGGCUCGGCUUCGUCUUUGGCAUUUCAAUGUAAGCAGUCAGGAAGAAAAAUACCUUACCGCUGAAGGUGAGGAAGAACUAAUUGCUUUGGCAGAGCGCAUGCAGAAACGUUUUCCAGAUUUGUUGCCCGAACAAUACCAUCCCAGUUUAUAUUAUUUCAAAUAUACAAAGACGCAACGCACACUAAAAAGCGCACAGAGUUUUACUACAGGUCUUUUCGGAAGGCAUGCCAUCGGAGCUGUUGAGUAUCCAGAAGCCUUGCAUCAGGAUCCAGUGCUAAGGCUUGAGGAAGACAAUAAAAGCGUACUAAGGUAA